AUGCACUGUGGGUUCAAAUCGCGCUGCGCGGGUCCGAUUCUCUCCUUCCCAGCGUGGUCUACCGUAGUCCCUCGAGUCCCCCUGAAAAUGACCAAUUCCUCACACAAACCCUUGAGCAACUCUCCUCCAACUACCAUUUCACUCAUCUCCUGCUGCGCGCCGAAUCAGGCGGACGUUUCGCAGCGGCGCUGUUUGAAGUCGUUCAACAGAGCGCUUGGACCCAACAUGUCGUGGCACCCACCAGAUACCACGCGGGCCAACUACCAUCCCUCCUGGAUUUGGUCAUCACCAACGAAUGACACUUCGUUGAUCAGCGAACGCUGUGUGCUGACCUUUGAUUUCUUCUGCUAUUUGGCCAGAAAUCCCAAACCUCAAACGUGGUUUAGAGACUUCUGCCGUGCAGACUUCUCAGGAAUGCGCAUCUUCCUUAAACAAGCCGCACUGGGACCAGCUCCGGUGGAAGAACUAUAUAAAACCAUUGUCCAGAAAGUUCAACAGGCUGAUGCGACUUUUGUCCCAAAAGAACAAGCACGCACUCGGAUGAACCGCAGGAUGCCAAAAAGGAUUCGGCGACUUUUGGACAAAAGAUCCCAACUCAUCUUUAAAAAGUUGAAUACAGGGGAUACAAAGAUGAGCUGGCAUUUCGGAAAAUGUGAAACCGGUGUAAAUCGGGAAUCCGCCAAUGGAACCUACGAAAACAAGCCGACUUUUGGAAGAUCCCAACUCAUCUUUAAAAAGUUGAAUACAGGGGAUACAAAGAUGAGCUGGCAUUUCGGAAAAUGUGAAACCGGCUCUCCCGACUCACCCGCUAACCUAAUGGAUGCGUCGGCGAUCCAUGUCACUUUAGAGCCCGACCGCUCCCCUGAAUGCGACGAACAGUCAACUGCAUUCUGUGACCCGGUAGACACACAGGAUACUCGUGAAGAGCCCAACGAAUGCAUUUCGCCGUCGCACGAGCCGGUUGAUUAUGAAGCGGGGAAGAAAUCAGAGUGUGAUCGGACCAACGAUAACGACGAGUUUGAGCAGGAGAAUGACGAAAAACGCUUAUCAGCAACAUAUCACGAUUCUUCAGGGAACGCGGAUUCUGAGACCUGUGAAUUUGAAAACAAGAGCCUGAGCCACUCUAGAGAGAAAAAUACUUGCUCAUCAAUCGACGAUGUUGAUCCUUUCGAAGAAACGGUGAGGCCAAUUGAAACCCACACCCAACGAAAGGUUGAAAUUUCCCCCAUUGAAUGGGAUCGAGUUUCGGACGAUGAUAGCGAGAACAGAGACGAGCUGCAUGUUGAUGCACCUGGUGACGAAUUUUAUAAUGAGGAAGAGGACAAUGGUGGUGCCAUUCCCAACGAUAAGGUAUCAGCAUCGCAAGGCGAACAAACUGGAAAAGGGAAAGAACAGCGAUCACCCCCAAAAUAUAGACAUAUGUUUAAGUCAGCGAGAUAUUUCAUGAUCAAGAGUAACAACUAUGAGAACGUGGAAAUCGCAAAAACUCGUAAUGUGUGGUCGACGACGAAAGGUAACGAAACGCGGCUGAAUAAGGCGUUUUUCGAUUGUCCAAAUGUUUUUUUGAUAUUCUCUGUGCGUGAGAGUGGGAAAUUCCAAGGUUUUGCGCAGAUAAUUGCAUCAUCGGAUCCGCGAAUAAAAGUAAACUGGGUUUUGCCCCCGCGAAUGGAUAUCAAUCUCCUGAGCAACCCAUUCCGUAUCAAAUGGAUUUCCAAGCGCGACCUUCCUUUUUCCAAAGUCAAUCACUUGACAAACCCAUGGAACGAGAACAAGCCGGUAAAAAUAGGAAGAGAUGGACAGGAAAUUGAAGGUGUUUGUGGCGAGGCUCUCUGUCGUUUGCUUCUGGAAGACAUAACUGAAAGCAGCAUCAAACCGGACAAUCCACCAGCACGGCGCAAUCCUUUCGACCGUCUGGGGCGGACCAUAUCACACGGAGGUCAGGGAAAUUACAGUAACUCUCGUCAGAUUGGAUCUCCUGGACAUGGUUCUACUGGGCUCUUGGGGGAUGCUGCCGGGUUUAACCGGUACGCUUCAAACGACAGACGUAACAGAUUGAAUACAUCCACCGUUUCAUCUCUGCUUGGAACAGACGCCAGCCGUCUUCUUGGGUCACCUUCACUGAUGCAAGUCAACGCAGCUGCUGCAGCUAUGGCUGCCGCAGCGGCGAUGGCUGCAAUAAAAUCUUCAAAUGGUUCAAACAUUGUCACCCUUGGAAGGGCUGGAGCAUCCAACGUCGGUUCUACUCUGGGCGCUGCACGUUUACCGCAACCGUUUCCGACUAUCUCUGGGUUGUUUCCUCACGUUCCACUGCCUGCUAACUUGGCGCGUAUGGUAGCAGGUGAUACGAGCACUCAAGCAACCUGUCUCCUUCCGACUGCCCCACAGACCCGCUUGCAGGCACCCGUUCCUGGCUUUCCACCGAAUCUGCAAGCCAACUUUACUGACCGUUCCAAUUCCGAAGCUUCUGUCACCCUUGGUGGCUCUAGUAUACGGAGUCUCAAUGUCAAGUCUAGUAAACGCAGAAGCCGAUCUCGCUCCAGCAGUCGUAGUGGUGAUAGCUUUCCUGGGGAGAAAACGAGGAAGCGUCGUCAUAUGGAGGAUGAAUUUCCCCAUACCCCCCCAUCAGGUUCCAACCAACGCCAAAUUCGUUCACCGAGGUUAGGUAUUAUUGAACAAGCAGCUGAACGGUCAGCAUUAUCCUGUUCUUUCGUAUAUAAAUCCGUUUGUCUCGUUACACAUUUAGUUCCUGUUCGCUGA